AUGAUGCACUCGUCCUUCACGGCCGGCCCGUCAACCCCGGCAGCGACCGGCGCCCCUGAGAGCCCCGGCAAGGCCCUGCGAAACUGGUCGUCUCUCAUCGGCAUCAUCACGGCCAUUGUCGGCAACAUCCUCAUCGCGCUGGCGCUCAAUGUCCAGAGGUACGCGCACACGAGGCUGAAUAAAGAGCGCGUGCGCGUGCGCCAGCGGGCCCGCGCUGCCCUGAAGCGAUCCCAGAGCAGCGGCACCCAGUCGGGGUCCUACGGAGCCAUCGGCGGCCAUGCCGAUGACGGAGACGACGAGACCCUCCCGCUGGCUGCCUCGCAGCACUCGAGCGCAAACACAGACGGCGACGACGACGACGACGACGAGCAGGCCAAGGUCGCCUCCACAUAUCUCAAGUCCCCGUACUGGUGGCUCGGCCAGAUCCUCAUCACCCUCGGCGAGAUGGGCAAUUUCCUGGCCUACGGCUUCGCUCCAGCGUCCAUUGUCUCGCCCCUGGGCGUUGUUGCCCUUGUGUCGAACUGCAUAAUCGCUCCCGCCAUGUUCCACGAGAAAUUCCGCGGGCGAGACUUUUGGGGUGUCGUCAUCGCCGUCGCGGGCGUCGUCACGGUCGUUCUGAGCGCCAACCAAGAAGAGACAAAGUUGGAGCCCCACGACGUGUGGGAGGCCAUCACGACCAUGGAGUUUGAGAUCUAUCUGGGCGUCACGACUCUCCUCAUACUCAUCCUGAUGUGGGCGAGCGGUAGGUAUGGCAAGCGCACAAUUCUCAUCGACCUCGGCCUCGUCGGUCUCUUUGGUGGCUACACGGCAUUGGCGACCAAGGGCGUCUCGUCGAUGCUCUCCUCGACACUGUGGAGGGCCUUUACCACGCCCGUCACCUACGUGCUCAUACUCAUUCUUCUCGUCACUGCCGUCAUGCAGAUUCGCUACGUCAACAAGGCGCUGCAGCGCUUCGAUUCGACCCAGGUCAUCCCGAUCCAAUUCGUCCUCUUCACGCUCUGUGUCAUCCUCGGCAGCGCAAUCCUGUAUCGCGACUUUGAGAAGACGACGGGCGAACAGGCCGUCAAGUUCGUCGGCGGCUGCCUGUUGACCUUUUUUGGCGUCUUUCUCAUUACAACUGGCAGGCAGCCGCAAGAAGAUCCAGACGAUCUUUUGUCGGAUGAAGAGGGCGUCGAGGAGACAAUUGGCUUGACGCAACAAGAAGCCAACAGCUUGAGCCGUGUCCCAGACUUGCCCACGCCCCCGUCUCAGUCCCGGAGAUCUAGCAGGCUGUCCCGGGUCAGUUUCGCCGAAGCAACUAAGCCGGGGUCGCCGCCGGAUGACGCCGACAUCCCGUCACUUGGUCCAUUGGGGGCUGCUGGGAGCCCUACCGACUUGCUCGAGGGAGAGUCGUCACCGCUACUCGGCAACCCUUGGCGGGAAUCCUAUGUUGAUUCUGCGCCGGCGCCCCGUGGAACGCGGACGCUGUCUGCCGACUCGGCCAUGAUGGUGCCUGCGCUGGCCUCGACGUCAGCCAACUCGGUUCCACCAACGCCCACCAGGGGCUUGACGCAUCCACAUACAGAUCGACCUGUCACGCCGCGGACCAGCUCGUGCGCCUCGCGGACCUCGAGCCGUCGUCGCUCCAAGACGUUUAUAUCUCCAUCCCCACUCUCGUCGACGGUGACGACGGUCGUCAAGGACGCCUUUCUCGGAGGGCACGACAUUGCAUUGGGGAAGAGGACUUCUUUAAAGCGCAUUAGGUCCAGCAUCCGCGCCAGUCUAUUCUUUCACGACGAAGAGGACAAAGGCGGGCAUGGGCACGAUCAGGUCGCAGCGCUGGUGUCGGAUGAUCAUCUACCACGGAUCUCGAGCGCAGCAGACUCGGAUGACGAGAACCCAAGACAGCGCAUGUCACGGAGCGUCAGCGAUGCCCUCGGCGACUUCUUCCGGUCCAGGAAGAAGAAGCCGGGCGCGAUGGGCGACGGCCAAGGUGAGGCAGCCAGCGACGUUGAGACGGGGACGCGAUAG